UAUUUAAUCAUUUAUGUUUCAGAUUUUUUCUACAUUUAUGGAUAAUUGAAGUUUUGGUUUGAAAAAUGUUGAUUGAAAACCCUGAACUAUUGAGAACCUGGCUAACAGCUCAUCUCAAACCACUGUGUGAUGCGGAUCCAGUAGCGUUAGCCAAGUAUGUUCUAGCACUUAUUAGAAAGGAUAAGCCUGUAGAUGAACUGCGAGAUACCAUGGUUCAGCAGAUGGACGUGUUCCUGCAGGCUGAAACCCUCGGGUUCAUCGAUAUACUCUUCCAAGUUGUAGAGUCUAAGGAGUAUGAGUUACCCCCGAAGGCUGAGGAGGAGGAGAACGGUAAAGGAGAGCUGAAGGGUGAGGAGGAGAGGAAUGAAGUUCAACAUGAAGCUGACUCUACUACACCUAUCAGGGAAGGACUUAAGGAUGAGGUGAAAAAGGACGAGGACGAUAGAAGGAAAUACCGAGGAUCCCCGCCUCCCCCCGCCAGAAGGCGGGUGAACAGAACGCCUCCCCGCCGGUAUAGAGAGCGGUCAUUCUCACCUAGACAUGAUCGAACUAGGGUUGUCCGCCGUAGAUCUAGAUCACCUUUGGUCCGGCGAGGACGUCCUCUGAGCAGAUCUCCGCCCCGACACCGUCCUCGAUCACUGGACAGGUACCGGUCUCCUCCUAGACGUGGGACAUCACGUGACUCUACACCUACAAGGGACGAAGGAGGGUACAAUCCUAGUUCUAAGAGAAUACGGUGUCGAGACUACGAUGAGAAAGGUUUCUGUCUGAAAGGAGAUCUUUGUAAAUUUGAUCAUGGAACUGAUGCUGUUGUACUAGAGGAUAGUUCGAAAGCUCCGCUUGGGUAUCAGCCCGGUCAACCUGUAACCGAACCCUAUAUUCCCGGCAUUGGUGUGCCCGGUAUUCCAUUUCCUCCGCCGGCCAUAUCUGUCCCUCCGCCCGGAUAUCCGGUCCCUGGUAUGAAAAGGGCGUAUGAUGGCGGUCAUGAGCCAGCAAGUAAAAGUUCUAGGUUUGACUAUUCCCGGGUUGGAGGCCGGGGUCGAGGUCGAGGAGGCCGAGGGGGUGGACGAGGAGGAGGUGGAGCAAGUAAUAUGUUGGCAGUCAGGAAUAUUCCUCCUGAGUUUAAUAGCAUCACACAUCUGAACGCACAUUUUGCUCGGUUUGGCAUGCUUCAAAACAUUCAGAUUAACUUCGAGGGUGACCCUGGUAGUGCCCUUAUAUCUUUCUCCAACAAUUCCGAGGCCAAUGCAGCAUUCAACAGUUCAGAGGCUGUUAUGAACAACAGAUUUAUCAAAGUUUUCUGGCACAUGAACAAAUCUGCCUUCAAGGACAGAACUGGAACUGCUGGAUCUAGUCCCCUGGUGCUGGUUACUGGAGACCGUAUUACCAAGACCUUGGUGAACGAGGAGAUGAGGGAGGGGGAGGAGGGGAACAGAGUCAAGGAGGAGAGAGAGAAGGCAGUCAUCGCGAUACAGAAGAAUCAGGACAUGUUACAGACUAAAGCAGAUCUGAUGAAGAAGAGUGAAGAGAAAAGAAAGGAAGCUAUGAAACAACAGGAAACUCUAAUCAAAUCUAAACAGGGAUUACUGGAUGGAUAUCUAGAACAGCAGAAGGUUCUGAUCUCUAAGCUGGAGAAGGGUAAGGGCAGUAUGAAGGCUGAGGAUAAGAAAACGAUCAUGGAUCUAAUUAAGGAACUCUCAAACUCUAUAGACAGAACAAAAGAAGAGAUAAAGACGUCGCUCACAAUAUCCAGUGUAAAGACUAAAACUUUGAAAGAGAUCCAGAAAGAACUGCUUGAUGCAGAAAUGGAACUGUUUACUAGUCAACAGGAUGGGUCAGAUUCCACAGCAGAGAUUCAACAGAAGGUUAAUUUACUCCGUCUUGAGGCUGCUAAAUGCGGAUUUCUUCCAACCUCAAGACCAGCUCGAGGCCGUGGAGGAUUUCGGGCUCGAGGGUUCAGGGGCAUGUAUACACCUAGAGGAGCCUGGAGGGGGGCUAGAGGCCGAGGCCGAGGGUUUACCCUUUCUCCUGGAAGUAGUACUCUUGACCGUAGACCGAGUAGAAUACUCGUCUCCGGAUACGAACUGGACGAUAAGGACGAUAUUCUUGUACAUUUCCAGAAAUUCGGCGAGAUAACUGAUAUAAUGGAGGACCAGGCUACCCCCUCGGUUAUACUGAAAUACAAAACAAGAAGAUUUGCAGAGACUGCUAUGUCUUCCGGUAAGAAUUUCAACGACCGUGUACUGCAACUCUCAUGGUACAACCAGGGUACACCUGAUAGGGAAGCUGAACCUCAGUAUACUGGAGAAGAGGAGGUGCCUGAUGACGACUAUACUCCUCCUCAACAUGAUUAUCUUCCUCCUGGUCUACAGGAACAUGAAGACAGUCUCUCACAGGGAAGUCUCGCUGAGGAGGAAGGUGAAGGUGAUGAAGAACUAGGAGCCGAGGAUCUAGGGGACGAGGAGGAGGAGCAGGUCGAAGAGGAGGAGGAAGAGCUUAACGAAGGUCUGCUCGAUGAUGAUGACGAGGAUGAAGAGGAGGAGGAGAGAAGCUGGAAGAGGAGGAAUGCUGACGAAGAUUGAAAAUUCUUCAAUCGUUUAUCGAGAUUUUUUUAUUGCACAGUUUCAUCGUUUGUAUGUAUCUGCACUAUUGUCGUCUCAAGAAAAAAUGUUAUGAAUAUUUUGAAAUAAAGAAGAGAAAAAAUAAA